AUGGCCCCGACACUCGUUCUCACCGGACCUGCAGGGUGCGGCAAAACGGCAGUUGUCCGCCAUCUGGCCGCCCAGCACCAGCUCGAAGUAACCGAGUGGAUCAACAACGUCAAGGCUGAAUUUGGAUCAAGCCCCGAAGAUCGCGAACUCUCCGUUUACGAGUCGCAGCGUACCACUUUUGAGCGAUUUCUUUUGCGAGCACCCCGCUAUACCAAUCUCACCGCGAGUGCUGAGGCCAACGCGUCCAAACGCCGACUCAUCUUAAUUGAGCUGACGGAUGCACAAGUCGAGGCUUUGGCUCAGCAAGCAGGUGGAGACAUCCGCAGCGCCCUCUCCACAUUGGCGCUGCUCAAUCUGCAGAGCGAUGAUGACAAACCUCAACUCUCGUUUCGAGGAGGCGCGCCACGUCUCAAACGCCCCAAGCGCGCCUCUCCUCCCACGACCAUUGCUGCGGCCAUGAGUGAACGAGCUGCUCCGCUCCGGGACUCCGAUUUGGUCGAGCUCGACGAGGACGAUGACAUGGGUUCAGCCGACCAGCGAGGUGGCUCUAAGGUUGGGCCGGCCCCUCAUCGGAACGUUGAAGUCAAAGAUGAUGGGCUGCAAAGGCCAUCAACCCUUGCGAUGGAUGAUGAUCCCAUCGAGGACAGUGAGGAAGAUUGA